AUGGCUGGAUUUCUCUGCCAAAGGUGUCCGCAUUCCUUCUCUUCGAUUGGGAUCGACCGUCAGAUCACGACGUCUAAGCUAAAAAGCUUUACCUACGGGCGGGCGGGACACACACACACACUCACACACGAGACAGAUGUACCUCGGCCGGGAGAGCUACAAAACGUAUCCCGAAAAGGGUUAUGGAGACGAAGGGGGGAAGGAACGGACGGACCUACUUCCACCUUACUAACUGUGGUUUUAGUUGUUGAUCAUCCCGGUAUUAUUUCUGUGAACCGAGAUCAGUCAUCAGUCAGUUAUGCGUUCUUCCCGUCGGGCCGCAUCCCUGUCGCUGUCUCAAGCCUCAGUGAAUGGCCUUGCCUUACACUUUACCUCUUUCUUGGUAUUCUUCCGAGCGAAGCUGAUCAGCACAAAUCACCCUUAGCGGCGGACCACACCGCCCACCACCCGAUUACCGGAAGCGUACCUGAGCGAUGCCAACGCGAGCGCCCCCAUCGCCCGAAACGCGAAGGAGAAACGAAAGAAAGGAAACGCAACAAUGGAAUGGCACAGUCGAUCAAUCCCUUCCCUCUUCCCCCUCCUUGGCGACUUUAG